GAGCUUCACGCAGAUUCAAUAUUCGCAGCUCUAGCAAGAGUGUAAGCCAUGAAAACACAUUUUCCAAUAUACCAGAAAGCCUAUUUUUACAUCAAAUCUAUCAAAGUAGUUCCUUCUACUACAUAAAAUAGUCUCUAUCGUGUCAGGUUCAAUGAAAGUUUCGAAUUAAAGAACUAACUUAACACCUUUACUUAAUACAUUUUUGAACAAUUUGGCAUUCUUCAUUGCUGUUUAUAUUACCCAUUAAUAGCCAGUUGGUAUAACUAUUUUGAAAGCAAUCUGGCUCCUGUGUUUACAGUUACUAGGACAUAUAUUACUGAGUGCAGAGAACGCAAGCUCUGUUCUAGAGACAUAGAUCUGAGAAAAUGUUUCUUUCACUGAUACUUUUUAUUACCUUUAACUCAAAUAUGCUGAGGCCUGCUGUGGGAAAAGAUGAAAUGCAAUGCAAGAUAUUCUGUUCUAACACCAAAAAGAGGGAAUACUUUCACAACUCAGCAUUGGAAUAUUCACCCAUACUAAACCUCCAAGGUAUCCAAGGACCUAAAGGAGAAAAAGGCUUUUCAGGAGAACCAGGGCCUAAAGGAGACUAUGGACCCAGGGGAAUGCCAGGAGUGAAGGGGGACAUGGGUUUACAAGGGUCACCUGGAUAUCCUGGACAUACUGGAAUGACGGGUCCACCUGGUCCCAGAGGAUUGCCAGGCAUAAAAGGAGAAAAGGGCGAGUCAAGUCUUCUGGGCGACAGUAGUGCCCUCUAUAGCAUCCAAGCCACUCCAAAGUCUGCCUUCUUUUCAGUGCUCUCUCUGCCUCUCAUUCAAAGGUUUGACAAUGCAGAUGUUGUGGUCAAGUUUGACAGAGUUCAUGUAAAUGAGGGACAAAACUACGACAAAGAUACAGGGGUUUUCACAUGCAAGCAUCCUGGGAUAUACGUCUUCCACUGUCACCUGUUGUCAUUGCGAGAGUACAUAGUUCAUGCCAAUAUUGCUGUAAACGGACGUCCUGUGGCUUGGUUGUGGGCUGACGGGCGUGAUGAAAUGGAACACUUCACAGCCAGCAAUACGAUGCUUCAGAGGUUGAGUGAAGGGGAUGUGGUGUAUGUGAAGCUGAUACGGAGCUCAAUUGGUGCUCAGGCCCUUCACAGCAGUUAUUCUACAUUUGGAGGUUAUCUGCUCUAUUCUGAUCCUCCAGCUCAACAUACGUAGUGAUAGCAACCAUAAUUUGAAACCCAAGCACAGCUACAAGUUUCCACCCAAUCAAUUUUAAUAUUAAGACAAGUCGUAAGAGCAGUGGGCACUAAU